AAUUCUAGCUGUUCCACCUCUCUCUCUCUCUCUCUUUCUCUUUUCCUUUGUCCCCUCCUGAUAUACUGAAAAUCGAUCCAAAACCCGUACAAGUUUUCUCCGAUCAGAUGGAUUCUCGAGCUUCUUCUGAUCUGGAGGAUGAACGGAUCGUCCAAGUUAGACAAGCUCUGAUGUGUCCCGACGGCGGAAGAUUCGAAGGUCUUCGAACCGCGAGGUUCCUUAAUUACACAACCACCUCCAUAGACGACGACGUUUUCGAGCUUCCGCUCGAUGCGUUCGUGUCACGCCCAGAGACGUCAGAUCCAGAGAAACCGCCCGCGAAAUUCUCCUUUUCCGGCUGGGGUUCGCCGUCGGUGAAUUGGAUCGAGUGGGUAAACGCGAUGGCGGAGUCAAACGCGGUGGUGUGGCGGAAAUCCGGCGUCUACGACGCGAUUAUGGCGUCGCGGUAUCAGAUAACGAAGCAGGACGAUUUGAUGAUGGCGUUGGUGGAGAGAUGGUGCAUCGAGACUAACUCAUUUGUGUUCCCUUGGGGUGAAUCGACGGUGACGCUAGAGGAUAUGAUCGUUCUCGGAGGAUUCUCGGCCAUCGGGAACAACGUUCUGGCUUCGAUCAAACGCGAAUCGAUGAAAUCCGUAGAGGAGAAAUUGAAGAGAGCGAAACGCGAGAUCGAGGCGAGUUCGAUGAAGAAAUGUUGCGUUAGUUUGUGGAUGAGGGAGAUGAUGAACUCCGGGAAUGAAAUUGAGCAUGAAGCGUUCAUGGUUUCAUGGCUCUCACGUUUCGUCUUCCCAAAUUCAGCUGAUCUCGUGAGAGAUAAGCUAUUUGCAGCUGCGGUUCAGCUCGCUAGAGGCAUUAGGCUUGCUCUGGCUCCAGCCGUUCUUGCCGGGAUUUACAGCAAUCUCGGAGUUUUGAAGAAGCAGCUGUUCGGUUCCGGCGAGGAAGAGAACGCGGUGAUGACGGCUACUUCACCGUUUCAGUUUGUGCAGGUUUGGGCUUGGGAGAGAAUCAGUGAGCUGCGUCCACAUGGCCAGCCUAGCCAGUUAAAGCCUUAUGAGCCAAGAAUGGCACUGUGGCACCAGCACGGUGGUGGUCAUGAGUCGAACCAGAGCCGAGAGAGUAUCGGAUCGGUUCUUGAUUCGGCUAAGGAGAGUUUCGAUUACCGUCCAUAUACCAAACCUUUGAAAAACUACAAAUUCCCUAAGUUUUACUUGGAAGAUGACUGUUGGGUGUCAUUGGAGGAUGAAGACAUUGUAGCUUUUGGUCGAUGUUUGAGAUGUUCUAAGCUGGUGGGUUUGAAUUGCAUUGAACCUUAUUAUCCUCACCGUGUGGCGUUGCAGUUUGGUUAUGAUCAGGAUGUUCCUGGCGUAGUACCGGUGCUUAUUGAGACGCCGGAGUUGGCUUGGAAAGAUUAUAUCCGACCAAUUACAGAUGAAAUGAUGUAUAUUCCUUCUAGGCUUCGUCAAGCUGAUGUUACGGUUAAGUACAUAAGAUGGUGGAAACAGUCUGUUACAACUUUACAGUCCAUGGCUGAUAGAAGUACCCAUAAGGUUCUCAAAGAGAAACCCACAGGGACAACAACAACAACGACAAGGGUUGAAUCUUCUCCUCCAAGAAACUCUAAAACAUUAGGAGCAAAAGCAGAGCUGAAAGGAGAGGCUUUAAAGAGUGUGAAUGGUAGAAGCAGUGGAAGUAGCUCUUCGAGGAGUCUCACAGGUUCAGAGAAAGCGGAUAAGCAAUCAAAGCCUUUGAAGAAGACUGAAUGGGUCAAGAAACCAUUACCAGGAAGAGGAGUAGAUGAAGUCAAAGAACGUAGAGGAGGUCUAAGGGGCUCGCAGGAGAUAAAAAAUCAUGGCCAUGUAAAGUUUCUGCUUCCCGGUUCGCCUGCUAGCUCACCUAAGACUCAUCAGUCACUCCCUCAAAAGCAAAACUCUAAAAGUACUCCUAUCAUAAAACCAAAAGCAUCACCUGUUGUUCCUAAGGAAGAGAAAAAAUAUAAUAAGAAAGCUAACCCCACAAGACAAAAAGUUUCAAGAUUAGGACCAAAUGAUUCGUCAUCUUCAUCUUCUCCUUCUCCUUGUUUAACAAGCAAGAAGUCCCCAAAAAGAUCCCCAGAAGCUAUUACCUCGAAUCGGAUUUCACCAUCUAGAGCCACUCCUGCAGCUGUUAAGAGAAAUGUUGCUGAUCACCGACUCAAAGCUCAUCCGAAACAAGAAUCUUCAAAAGAAACUCGGGCUGGCAGCAAAGGAGGAGGUGAAGGGAUGAUGAAUGCAUUGAAGCUUCUGAGUGAGAUAGUGAAAAUGGAGGAGCACGUAGGUGAAGGAGGUGAAGUGAUGUAUCAAAUACCAAAACAACAAUUCGAGCUUUUGAGCCAAGGUGUGCAAGAUGUUCUACACGAGUUGCAGUCUAUUAAAUCCGCACUGAACAUCGAUACAUCAUCAUUACUCUAAGAAUGUAUUUACAAGAUCACGAUUAUUACGACACUAAAGGUUUUUUAUUGAUAUGAGAG